AUGACAAGAGCAGAAGGUUCUCAUAAAUUUCUUGAAUUCCUCUAUGUCAAGCUGUUCAUCUUCGUCUUUAUCGUGCUCUUUUAUAAAGGCUUCAAUCGCCUCCAUGUCGAAGUUAUGCCCGCAUUUGUUCAGGAUACUCCUCAAUUCCGUCUCACUUAUCUUACCGGAGUGGUCUUGAUCAAUCAACUCGAACAGAUUAGUAUUGGCCUCAUCACUGAAAAAAAGAGGACAAAAGGAGCUGAGUCUGAAUCGAGUAAAUGA